GUUCAGCGGAGGUAGCAAGAAGCCCGCAAAAGCGCCCUCGAGAAGAGGCCCGGUGCAAAGAAGUCGCCUUUGGCUGCCAAAGCAGCAGCAGCUGCUGCUAAGAAGAGUAAUUCCUCGAAAGUGGAUCAAAUUCAAGUAGAAUCUCCUUCAGUUGUACAACCUGAAGGAAAAACCGAAGAGAAAGAAGAGGAGGUUGAAGAAGAGGAAGAGAAGAAAGAAGAGGCAGUAGAGACAAAACCCGACGCUGGCUCCAGUGUAGAGGAAGAAGCCCCAGAAACUAAUGAUGUCAACCAAGAAGAAGAUCCAGAAGAGGAACCAAUGGAGGAAGGUGCUCCAGCUCCUGCUCCUGCUGCAGAGCAGGGGGGUUCUGCGGAUCCCGGCAAUGAAGAGCUGGCAGGUGAGAUUAGAGAAGGGGAAGAAGUAGCAGAAGGAGAGGAGUUAGAAGUUGAGCAUCAAGAUGAAGAUCAGGCUCAAGAAGAUGCAGGGGUUGAAGUUGACGUGGAGAUGGAGAUUUCUGACAUGGCAAAGGCAAGAAAGAUCAAGAAAGAGCGGGAGAUAUUUGUUGGGGGAUUGGAUAGGGAUGCCACCGAGGAGGAUGUGAAGAAGGAAUUCGAGAAGGUUGGGGAGGUGGUUGAAGUGCGGAUCCUGAAGGAUUUCGUGACCAAUAAGAAUAAGGGGUUUGCUUUUGUCAAGUAUGCAACAAAGGAGCAGGCGGCUAAGGCUCUCUCUGACUUGAAGAACCCUACGAUACGAGGCAAACGCUGUGGUAUUGCUCCUAGUGAGGACAAUGACACACUCUUCUUAGGCAAUAUCUGCAAUACAUGGACAAAAGAAGCUAUCAAGCGGAAGCUAAAAGAUUACGACAUAGAUACUGUUGUGAGCAUUACUUUAGUUCCAGACACUCAGAAUGAGGGUUUGAGUCGUGGUUUUGCUUUUCUCGAAUUCCCUUGCCAUGCUGAUGCUACGGUCGCCUUCAAGAGGCUCCAGAAGCCAGAUGUUAUUUUUGGUCAUCCUGAUAGGACCGCGAAAGUGGCUUUUGCCGAACCAUUACGUGAACCAGACCCAGAAGUUAUGGCUCAGGUCAAGUCAGUUUUUGUCGAUGGGUUGCCCCAAUAUUGGGAUGAAGAUCGAGUGAAGGAGCAGUUCAAAAGUUAUGGGGAGAUUGAGCGUGUUGUGCUUGCACGCAACAUGUCGACUGCAAAAAGGAAGGAUUUUGGGUUUGUCAACUUCACUACUCGUGAAGCAGCUCUUGCUUGUAUUGAAGCUGUGAAUGACACAGAGUUGGGAGAUGAUGGGAAAUCAAAGACGAAAGCCAGAGCCAGACUUGCUAAUCCAUUGCCCAAAACUCAAGCUGUGAAAGGUGGAAUGAGCGGCGGGUUUCGUAUUGGACAUUCUGGAUUUGGAGGCUAUCCAAGGUUUGGUAGAGGAUUUGGUAGGGGCAGGUUUCCCUCCCACAGGGCAGGUUUUCAGGGUGGGAGAGGCUUCAUUCCACGUGGCCGUGGUCGUGGUCGAUUUCCAUUUGUGGCAGAUGCAGAUUUUGAUGACUCAUAUUCUGACUUUCGUGGUGGUUGGAGACCUUUUGGGGCUCGAGGCGGUAGAAGAAUCCCUACAUCAGCAAGACGUGGAGGUUUUGAUAGAGGACGCGGGAGAGCUUUCCCUAUUCAGAGGCAGCCAUUUCCUCCAGAACAAGAUUUUGGCGGACCUUUUGGUCCCAGGCACAUUGCUGAAGAUCCUUACUUUUAUGGUGGUGGUGGGCAGGGCAUCAAACGACCAUUUUCAAUGAUGGAGCAUGAUCCUGGUUACUGGGAGCCUGGGAGCAGAAUGCGUCCUCGUUAUGAUCACCCUGAUCCUAUGAUUGGCAGAGCUCGUUACCGAGAUUCUCUGGGGAUGACUGGUCUCUAUUCUAAUGAUUAUUACGGCUCAGAUUAUGGUGGUAGCACAUACUCGUCUCUUUAUGGCGGCGAACCCUCUGGGAGUGGAUACUAUUAUUAGAUGGCAUGAUGCAAUGUUGCAGGAGAAAAGGCUUGCUUUUGGGAAGAAAAAUUUCCUCGUCCUUUUACUCAUCAUCUUAAAUUGGUUAUCAUCAUGAACUUUUUCCUAGCUUUGGAGUGUGGUAUUUGGUUACAUGCUAUUGGGUAACUUAGCUAUAGGCUUAUUAUUUGUAUGCAAGAUGUGGCUAUUAGCCUUUUCUAUGAUAGACAAAAUAGGAAUUUGCAGUCUAUAUUUAAGUAAAGGGAAGAAUUAUGGACUCUUGAAGUCAGCUUGGAGAUAGAUCUGUGCUUCUGUUUGUUAGUAUUCCUGGUUUUGGUGAUUGUUGAUCUUCAAUGCCCUAAAAACUAAAAGGUACGAUGGGUUUCUUGAUGACUUUGAAGAUAUUAUAUUGCUGAAUAUGAUGGUGCUCAAUAAAUAAUAGAGUCUGAUGAACAUUUCGAAGCACAUAUGGGUUAUGAAAAUAUGCUUUGCUUUGCUGAACCUUGUUUGAAAAUGGAUCAUGGCUACUAACUUGUGGUCUUAAGUGAAAAAGGGAUUACUGAUGCAUUAUAUACUUGACAUAUCAGAUUGAUAGCAUUGAUGUUUGGUCAAGAGAUGAUCUUUAAUGCUUUGCAGGAGUGCUAGAUGACUUUUGAUAGAAUUGAUCUUUUGCUUUUAGAAAAAUAAAUUUUCUCGAUAGCAUGGAUGUGGUAUUUGUUCUUCUCAAGAUGUGUGAAUUUGAGUUAUCAAAUGGCGGAAGUGAAGUUGAAAUCUGUAAAUAGAAAGCUUCUCAUGCAGUUGUUAGAAACUAAUAAUCUUAAAGCUUAUGUAAGAUGAAUUUACAUUUUGCCAAUCAAGGCUGUCGUUAAAGCCAAAGGAUCAGAAGAGUGAUGGGUAUGACUUCCAAUGUUGUUACCAAAUAAUUUAUUUAAUGCUGGUAUGGUUCUUAAAUGUGAGUAUUUGGUGUAAAAUACCGCCUCUGUAGUUUGAAUGUGCUGAUUGAGUUUCAUGCUGCUUUUGAAACUUGUCUGAUGUUAGGUAGGUCCUGAUGCAGUGUGAGUUAUCUAUUCAUUCUGAGAAGAUAAUUCUGAAUCCUCUUACAAAAUGUAUAUACAGAUGAUCUUGAAUAUUGGUCUAAAAUGAAUGCAUUCUUUUCUGAGGUCAAGCUUGAAUCAGUAACUUUUCGAUAAUGACAAUGAAAUCAACAGGAUACAGAGAUCACUUCAAGUAGUGUGGAGCGCUAUAUCAUGGGCUUUUGUGGAUUUUUGAUAAUGUACAUUUUGUGGUUUACCCCUGUAGUUGAUUGUCCUAUACUCUCAUGAUGAAUAAACUUCUGUUGCCUUAUU